AUGUUGAAACUGACACCAGCAGAGAUUGCAGAGAAGAAACGCUUGGGUCUAUGCUUCAAAUGCCCUGAAAAAUGGUCAAGAACUCAUGCGUGCCAGAACAUGAUGUUACAAGUAUUCACGGUGAUAAAUGAUGAAGAAAUUGAGAUUGUGGAGGAAGAUUGGAUGGUGAAAAUGGAGGAUAAAGAAAAUGUAGAACCAGUACUCAUGGAAUUGUCAUUAUCAUCGUACCUGGGUUUGGAUUCACCUGCAGUAACGAAACUCUGGGGUGAGAUUGAUAAUGUCAAGGUGGUGGUAAUGAUUGACAGUGGAGCUACACACAACUUCAUUGACCCAUCCGUACUUAGCAAGACUCGUUUAACACCAACGAAGAACAGAUGUUUAGAGAUCUUGUUGGGUACUGGAAUCACUGUCAAUGGCCAUGGAGUUUGCAGAAACGUUGGAGUAACGUUACAAUCUCAUGAGUUCGAGAUGAAUUUUGUAGUUUUGGAGCUGGGAAAUGCAGAAGUGAUUUUAGGUAUCGAUUGGCUAAGAACAUUGGGCAAAUGCGAGCAUGAGUGGGACAAGCAUGAGAUGUCUUUCAUGUACAAAGGUUCACUGAUAACUCUUUAUGGUGACCCGGCUCUUCAGAAAGAAGGGAAGUCUUUCAAGGAGAAUCACGCUCUCAACAGUUUGGAGUUAGCGAGUUUUGAUUUGGAUUUCUUUGAAGUCAAUAAUGUGGAAGUGACGGACAACAUACCGGAGGAAGUGGAAGAAGUCUUAACAAGGUUUGAUCACGUGUUUGCAGAACCUACGCAGUUACCUCCGAUCCGAGGCAGAGAACACACGAUCAACUUGUUACCUGGAGUAGGCCCUGUGAGUGUAAGGCCAUACCGUUAUCCACAUGCAUAUAAAGAAGAAAUGGAGAAACUGGUGACUCAGAUGCUUGAACCAGGGACCCGUCCGAGCAAGAGUCCCUUCUCGAGUCCAGUCUUAUUGGUGAAAAAGAAAGAUGGAAGUUGGAGAUUCUGCAUUGAUUACAGAGCGUUGAACAAGGCCACGGUGGCAGACAAAUUUCCGAUACAUGUCAUUGAUCAACUCUUUGACGAAUUACAUGGAGCUAGAGUAUUUUCAAAGUUGGAUUUGAGGGCUGGUUAUCACCAAAUCAGAAUGAUGGAAGCGGAUAUUGAGAAAACGGCGUUCAGAACCUCAAAUGGCCAUUACGAGUUCUUGGUUAUGCCGUUUGGCCUUACGAAUGCACCGGCGACAUUUCAAGCACUCAUGAACGAGAUUUUAAGGCCGUAUUUGGGUAGCUUCGUAUUGGUGUUUUUUGAUGAUAUUCUGAUAUUUAGUAGCAGUGUAUCAGAACAUAUCAAGCAUUUAAUGACGGUGUUGGAGGUUUUUGAAGAACAUCGAUUGUUCGCAAACAGAAAAAAGUGCUUGUUUGGUCAAUCUCGGGUCGAUUACUUGGGCCAUAUCAUCUCGGCAAACGGUGUGGCUACAGAUCCUUCAAAAACAGAAGCUAUGAAGAAGUGGCCAGUGCCGAGAUCAGUGAAGGAAUUGAGGGGAUUUUUGGGUCUCACGGGGUAUUACAGGAAGUUUGUAAAAGGCUAUGGAGCGAUAGCACGACCCCUGACAGAUCUAUUGAAGAAAGACCAGUUUGAAUGGUCUCCGAGAGCUCAAGUGGCGUUUGAAGAGUUAAAGAAUGCAAUGAUGACAGCUCCGGUGUUGGCACUGCCAAAUUUCUCAGAACCAUUCAUUGUGGAAUCGGAUGCAUCAGGUUAUGGGCUCGGAGCAGUGCUAAUGCAAAAUCAAAGGCCAAUUGCGUUUUUCAGCUCCGGUUUAUCAGACAGAGAACAGAUAAAGCCGAUAUAUGAGAGAGAGCUGAUGGCAGUGGUGUUAGCUAUUCAGAAGUGGAGACAUUAUUUGCUGGGAAGGAAGUUCUUUGUUCAUACAGAUCAGAAGAGUUUGAAAUUUCUGUUGGAGCAACGCGAGGUUUCGAUGGAAUAUCAGAAGUGGUUGACUAAACUUCUCGGUUACAACUUUGAGAUUAUUUUCAAACCAGGCGUGGGAACAAAGCAGCGGAUGGUCUAUCCAGAAUUGUUUCUGGAAAUCAACAAUCGAUGUUGGCUCAGCUUGCAGCCUUGA